GAGCCACAGGGCAAAGGUGUCGGACACCUCGGACACGCAACUCCAACAACUCCCUGCAGAGUUCCGCCUGAGCAGCUGAGCUCCAAACAUUGAAACGACAUUUGCGUAACCAUCCAGGACUGCAAAGCAUGGCAGAGCGUAGCGAUAGGCCCGACUUGUCUCUCGACAAACCGAGUGAGCAGGGUUUCAUUACAUUCUUCAAGGGCUUGCCGGAGAAAUCCGAAACCACAGUUCGUCUGUUCGAACGAAAUGAUUACUACAGCGUUCACGGCGAAGAUGCGUUGUUUGUGGCACAGACCGUCUACAAGACAUCGACCGUUAUCAAAUACCUUGGAGAUGAGCGAAAAGGCCUGCCCAGUUGCACGCUAUCCAAACUGAAUACCAUCUCAUUCCUGCGAGACAUGCUUUUGCACAAGCUGUACCGCAUCGAGAUAUGGAGCUCGGAGGGACGGAAAGGAUCACAAUGGCAGAUCACCAAGCGAGCGUCACCGGGAAACCUCGUGGAUGUAGAAGACAUGCUCUUCACUGCAAGCGACGUGUCCACGUCUCCUGUCGUUCUUGCCUUGAAGCUGGAGACAAAAGGCGAUCAACGGCUCGUAGGGGCUGCUUACACGGAUGCCACCACGCAACGGCUCAUCGGAGUAGCGGAAUUCAUCGACAAUGACACGUUUUCGAACUUCGAGUCUCUACUGAUUCAGCUGAGUGUCAAAGAGUGCGUCCUUCCCGAAGACUCGCAGAACUAUGAGCUUCGAAAGAUCGAGGGCAUAUUGGAUCGCUGUGGCAUAGUAGUGACGUCCCGAAAGAAAGGCGACUUUCAAAGCAAAGAUAUCGAGCAGGAUCUCGCCCGUCUCCUUGAUGAGGACAUGGCCAUAUCUGCACUUCCGGAGAUGGAGUUGACGGUCGCCAUGGGUUGUGUCGCAUGCUUAAUCAAGUACCUCGGUCUCUUAAGCGUGGAGACAAACUUCCACCAAUAUACCCUGCGUCUCUACGAUCUCUCGCAAUACAUGAAGCUGGACGCAGCUGCCGUUAGAGCUUUGAACCUGAUGCCGGGCCCACAAGAUGGGUCGAAUAAGAGCAUGAGCUUAUACGGCUUGCUCAACAAAUGCAAAACGGCUCAAGGGUCAAGGUUGCUAGCGCAAUGGCUGAAGCAACCACUCAUGAGUCUACCUGAGAUCCAGACGCGUCAGGAUCUGGUGGAAGUAUUCAUCAACGAUACCAGUAUACGACAACAAUUACAGGAAGAGAAUCUCCGCAACUUCCCUGAUCUCCACCGUCUGGCAAAGCGAUUCCAACGCCAGAAUGCUCAUCUGCAGGAUGUGGUCCGCGUUUAUCAAGUGCUGAUCAAACUUCCUGCUCUGCGGGAUGCCCUCCAACGGUAUACGGGUGACCACGAACAGCUCAUCGAGGAGACGUUCGUCAGCAAGCUGAACGAAUAUAUGGAGCAUCUCAAGAAUUUGGAGGAGCUUGUCGAAACGACCAUAGACCUGGCGGCCAUCGAGCACCAUGACUUCCGAAUCAAGGCAGAUUUUGACCAAACAUUGCAAGAGGUCCGCGCACAAAUGGAUACGACGUUUGAGCGGUUGGAACCAGAAGCUAUGAAGGCUGCCGAUGACUUGGAUAUCGAAUACGAGAAAAAGCUGAAGUUCGAGAAGAAUGCUCAGUAUGGCCACAUCAUGCGAUUAAGUAGAAAGGACGCCGCCAUUAUCAGGAAUAAACGCGAAUACAUUGAAUUGGCGACAAGAAAGGAUGGAGUAUACUUUACCACGUCAACACUGCGACGACUAUCAGAGGAAUACGCACAGCUUUCUGCAGAGUAUGAAAGCACACAAUCUAAACUCGUCAAAGAGGUCAUUGAGAUCACAGGAUCUUACUUCCCGGUCCUUGAACUACUCAACCAAAGCAUUGCGGUGUUGGAUGUGCUCGUCAGUUUCGCCCAUGUUGCGAUACAUGCCCCGGUUCCAUACGUGCGACCUGUUCUGACGAAAAAGGGGGAGGGCGAUGUUCAUUUGAAAGCCGCACGCCACCCUUGCUUGGAGAUGCAAGAUGUGGCAUUCAUCGAUAAUGAUACAGAAAUGCUCAGAGAAUCGAGCUCAUUCCACAUCAUCACGGGGCCAAACAUGGGCGGAAAGUCAACUUACAUCCGACAGAUUGGGAUGAUCGCCUUGAUGGGACAAGUAGGAUGCUUCGUACCAUGCCGUGCAGCAAACCUAUGCAUAUUCGACUCCAUCCUUGCUCGGGUUGGAGCUGGUGAUAGCACGCUGAAAGGUGUAUCGACGUUUAUGGCGGAAAUGCUGGAAACUUCCGCCAUUUUGAAAGCCGCGACACCAGAUUCUUUGAUCAUCAUUGAUGAGCUUGGACGAGGAACAAGUACCUACGACGGCUUUGGGUUGGCCUGGGCGAUAUCGGAGUACAUUGCAACAAAUCUGCAAAGCUUCACACUAUUCGCGACGCAUUUCCACGAGCUGACAGCUUUGUAUGAAAAGGUGCCAACAGUGCGGAACCUUCAUGUAGCGGCCCUCAGGGAAGAAAGAGGCAUUACUCUGCUGUACAAAGUCAGAGAUGGCGCUUGCGAUCAAAGUUUCGGAAUCCAUGUUGCCGAGCUAGCAAGUUUCCCAGAUUCCGUCGUGAAGAUGGCCAAGCGAAAAGCGGCUGAAUUGGAGGACUUCGAGACGAAUGGUGAUGUGAUCACAAAACGAGCCUGGAAAAGCAGUGAACAGGAAAUACAGGAUGGAGAAGCGCUGAUUGAUCGGUUCCUCGAUGAGUUUGCAAAAGUACCACUCGACUCGGACUCAGCGAUACAGGGAUUGCAACGUAUUCGGGAGAGCUUUGCGACCGAUAUAGACAAUUCACCGUUCGUCAAGGAGAUCCUCACGGACUUGUAGUAUAGCUAGAACCUACAAGUUCCGACAGCUAUAGUAUAUAUAUGGAGACAGUGCCUAUCUCCGAAUAUAGGCAGCUUUGUAUA